AUGAAUUUCAGUCGCUAUUUAUCAUCGUUUUGGAAUUAUAUUGAACUUGCAAUCACAGUGUGUGCACUUGCAUCACUUUAUCUAUACUUUCUUCGGCAGAUUGGCAUUAAUAAGGUAGUUGCUGAGUUCGCAGCAACAAACGGUAAUAGUUACAUUCGACUGGAUCAUCAACGAGAUCUUCAAAUCUCUUUUAUUCAAUUGCUUUCAGCAGUUGUAUUCCUCACCUGCAUGAAACUCAACAACGUCCUAAGAUUCAAUCGCCGCAUUGGACUAUUCACUAAAACGUUGUCCAGAGCAGCGCCAACGAUUCUUGUAUUCGAAGGUGUUUUCUGGCUGGUUACGCUUGCGUUUGAUUUAGCACUUUUCAUUGACCUAUCACCGCGUCUAUCGGCUUAUCAGAGUCUAUUCACUGGCUUCAAAACGUCGAUUGUUUCGUUGCUUGGUCGACUGCAGGCCACAGAAGUGCAGGCCGUCUCUCAAUUUGGUAACUAUUUUGAUGUCAUCAUUUUACUCAUCUUAUCGGUUCAUCCUAUCGAGAAUCAAAUGACACAAUGA